AUGGAUUUCGAAUUCCCUCAAUUAUUAGACCCUACCGAUAACGAACCCUUUAUUCUGGUUUUCGAAUCAAAAGACGUGUCGAAUAAUAAGUUAUUGACAGCUCGACAUGUAACUAAAAAACUUCAUGAAACUGCAGGAAAAUCUGAAUUAGUUGUUAUUUAAGACUUUUUAUAGGAUUUGACCAAAAAGUCUCCAUUAGCCUAUGUUCCAGAUGCUGAAUCAUAAUCCCUUGUUUAAAAUUUUAAGUCUAAAAAACAAGAAUAUGAAAGAUAAGUUUAAGAUCAAGUUAACUCAUUUAAAUAGUUGAAUUAAAAGUUAUAAUAAGGUUAUGAGAAUGCUUGCAAUAACAUUGUCUCUCAAUUGGUUGGUAAUGCACAAGGUGAGAGUAGCAAUGUGUAAAAAGCAUUUGAUUCCUUGUAGACAGUGUUGAAAAGCGAUCCAGAAUAGGAAGCUUCAAUUCCCAAGCCAAAAGAAAUUGUAGAUAAAAUUUCUUAAUUAAGAGCAGCUCCUGAAUUGCCAGAAUAUUUGUUUACAACCACAAAAAAGGUGAGAGCAUGGAGAAAUGCUCCAGAGGAAUUGUGUGUUUGGAAUAAAACUAAAGAGUAAUUCUAUAGAGAAAACUUGGAAUAGAGUUUGAAUUAGAAUAUUUAAGAUAGAACUGAACUAGCUUUAAAGUUUUGGAAUUCUUAAAUUAAGAAAUUGGGUGAUUAGUUAUUGAACAUUAUCUAAGAAGACUCUUCAAUCUAACAAUAAAAUUUUGUGAAUCUGAAUAUUGAGACUGCUGAAGCAUUUGCAUUGCUAUUAAAUACAAUGAUCACAACAGAAACUAGAAUAAUACUUCACAUUGGAGAUUUUACAGUUGCUGAGUCAAAAUCAAUUGCAGAAUCAAUAUAGAAAUUAACAAGCAUAUUGAAUUUACAAGUUAAUUGGAAAGUAAGUGGAAAAGCCUCUGGAUUGUCUCAUAUUGCUUAAGCUAUUUCUUAAGCAGAACAAUUAAAAGUGUUGACCUUUUCAUUCUCCUAAUAAGUGUAAGCAAACUCAGCCAAAGAUUUCUUUACUGAAUUUAAAGAUGUGAAAUUACCUAAUUUGGAAGAAGUAAAUGUGUUGGCAGAAUAAUCAAAUGUUAAUUCAGCAGUCUAACAUAUUUCAAAGGCUGUGAAAUCAGUGGGAGGUAGUUAAGUUAAAAGAGUGUUAUUCAAUUUCAGUCAAUCUCAAAUUGACAAUAAGUCAGCUCAAUAAUUAGGAGAAGCCUUAUCCACAUACAAAGGAGUUAAGAAACUAACACUUAAUCUUUCAGGAUAUUCAUUAUAAAGCAAUACUAUUAAGGACGAUGGCUUUAGUGGAUUGAUCCAACACGUAUCAAACUUUGCUGACAGUCUUGUAGAAUUAACAAUUAAUGUUGGAAGAAACUAAUUAACUGAUAAAUCAUUGGCAGACUUGAAUAAAUAGUUCUCUGCCAAUAAAUGGGUUUCAUUAAAGAGUGUCAAUAUUAGUGUUCAUUAUAAUAAAAUUACAGAACAAGGAGCUCGCAAGUUAGGCAAAUUCCUUCAUAAUUUGCCAAUUCUAGUAAACCUUUCAGUCAAUUUGAACUCCACAGAAGUCAAUCAUAAAGGUUUAAGCUUUUUAAUUAAUUAAUUGGGUCCAUAAGUAAACGCUUAAAUCCAAGCCAAAUAAUCGAAUAUUAGUUAGGAAGAAGUAGCAGAUUUAGAAGGAAAGGUGACGUCGUUGAGCAUUUGA